CCUCUCCUCGCUCUUUCAGCGGGUUGUGGCCGCCGACUACACGGAAGACAUGGCGAGGCGCCGGGAACUGAAGACAGAUGACUGGACCCGACCCGCGAGGCCACCAGUCUCACGCUGCCCCUGCAUUGACAUAGCACCCGGGUCCGGACCCGUUGUGAACGCGAACGGCGAUUGGCUAGCUGGGAGGCAGGAAGUGAUGUGAGAAGGAGUCGGUUGGCGCCGUGCUGAGGCCUGCUUCUUGUUUUCGGCGCUCGGUGCUGGGAUGAUCCGCUCGGGCGAGGAGCAGACGGGCGCCGUGUACGAGAGGCGCGUUUGCAAGAAUGCCUCCGACUAUCAGUACAUGAAGGUCGGCCUGGAAUUUGAAGCCCCCGGAUUCAGGCUGAAUGAUGCCUCCUUCAAACAGAUGAUCGUUUCGGCCCUCAGGGGUUUGCAUGGAGAGAUUGGAGCGGCCUUACCUGUUGACGUUCUGAAAUUUGAAGAGCAAUCAUUAACAGCUAUACUGAGGGUAAGAGGGAGUGACCUUGUGAAGCUAUGGAGUGCAUUGACCCUGUCGGCAUUCUAUAAAGAUAAGAAGUGUGCUUUCAGAGUUAUACAGGUUGCAGCAUAAAACCUGGACCCACUGCAGUUCGCCUAUCGCCAGAACAGGUCUACAGCGGAUGCCAUCUCCCUGGCCCUACACUCAGCUCUGGAGCAUCUGGACAGUAAAGACACCUAUGUUAGACUUUUGUUUAUUGACUACAGCUCUGC